AUAUUUUUCAGAUCUUUCUCUCUCUCUCUCUCUCUCUAGCUACUUCUUUUUGUCUUCAAGUUUUCAAAUUUUAUUAAAUUUUUAUAAUUCUACUGCCUCCUCAGCUUCUCUCACAAAGCACAAAUCCAAACCUCAAAUCGAAUCCCACCAUUGUUUUUAUUACCUCAAUCCAAGAACACAAGACACACAAAAAAUCUCUGUUUCUUAUCCAAAUUUCUGAUCUUUGUUGAGAACAAAUUGUUCAUUUUUUUUUAUUGAUGUGAGACAAAUGGGUUGUUUACAUUCCAAAACUGCUAAUCUACCUUCUUCUGAUGAUCCAUCAGCUCCAAACAAACCAGAAUCAGUAAAUGGGGACCAAGUGGAUCAAGAAAUCCAAAAUUUCAAAGAAUUUGAACUAAAUGAGUUGAGGAAAGCAACAAAUGGGUUUAGCCCUAGCUGCAUUGUCUCUGAAGGUGGAGAGAAAGCUCCUAAUGUGGUUUACAGAGGGAAGCUUGAAGGGAAUCAUCUUGUAGCCAUCAAGCGGUUCUCUAGGCAAUCUUGGCCUGAUGCUCAACAGUUUGUGGUGGAAGCAACUGGUGUUGGGAAGCUUAGAAACAAGAGGAUAGUCAGUUUGAUUGGUUGCUGCGCUGAGGGAGAUGAGAGAUUGUUGGUAGCAGAGUAUAUGCCCAAUGAUACUCUCUCAAAGCAUCUCUUUCACUGGGAAAAGCAGCCACUUCCAUGGGAUAUGCGUGUUCGAAUCGCAGAUUUUAUUGCACAAGCACUUGAUUACUGCAAUAUCGAGAACCGAAAAAUCUAUCAUGACCUCAAUGCAUACAGAAUCCUCUUCGACGAGGAAGGUGAUCCUCGUUUAUCUACUUUUGGUCUUAUGAAGAACAGUAGAGAUGGAAAAAGCUACAGUACCAACUUAGCUUAUACUCCACCUGAGUUUUUACGGACAGGUAACAUUCUUGAUCUUGUGAAUCGUACUUCAAGACAAACCAAUUCCUUAUUGAAGGUUAAGGGUUUCUGUUUUUUUUUUUGUUAUGCAGGUAGAGUCAUUCCUGAAAGUGUGAUCUUCAGUUAUGGAACUAUUCUUUUAGAUCUUUUGAGCGGCAAACACAUUCCACCUAGCCAUGCUCUUGAUAUCAUAAGAGGGAAAAAUGCGUUGCUGCUUAUGGAUUCAUCUCUUGAAGGGCAAUAUGCGAAUGAAGAUGCGACUAAAUUAGUUGAGCUUGCUUCAAAAUGCCUUCAAUCAGAGGCAAAGGAUCGACCAGAUACCAAAUUUCUUCUCUCUGCAGUAGCACCACUACAAAAGCAAGAAGAGGUUGCUUCUCAUGUCUUAAUGGGCUUACCAAAGAACACAGUAAUAUUACCAACUAUGCUUUCUCCUCUUGGAAAGGCCUGUGCAAAGAUGGACCUUGCAACAUUUCACGACAUUUUGCUUAAAACCGGUUACAGAGACGAGGAAGGUGCAGAAAAUGAGCUUUCAUUUCAAGAAUGGACACAACAAGUGCAGGAGAUGCUCAACACAAAGAAGUUCGGGGACAUUGCUUUCCGAGACAAGGAUUUCAAGAACUCAAUUGAAUACUACUCAAAGUUGGUUGGGAUGAUGCCGGUUCCUUCUGCAACAGUUUUCGCUAGAAGGGCUUUCUCCUACUUAAUGACAGACCAACAGGAGCUUGCACUGAGAGAUGCAAUGCAGGCACAGGUGUGCAUACCAGAAUGGCCAACAGCUUUUUACUUGCAGGCUUUAGCGCUCUCAAAGCUCGGAAUGGAGACAGAUGCUCAAGAUAUGCUCAACGAUGGUGCAGCAUAUGAUGCUAAGCGACAGAAUAGCUGGCGCUGCUAAGCUAUAAAGAGGAAGUCCCAAAUAUUUAUGGGUCUUUUCAGACUGUAACUGAAAGGUGUGUAUGCAUGUAAGAGAGAGAUUGAAUGUGUUGUUUACUUUUGUGAAAUGAGAGCUUCUUUUUUUGCAUGAAUCUUUAUGAAAAGUCAAAUCUUUUGGGGGAAAGAGAGAAUAAGACUGCAAAUAACUAAUUUGAUUC